GUAAUUACACCUACUGUUAAUAAUUGGACUCGGACUCAGAAAAAUGUAACACAUUUCCUGUUCGUCAUAUGAAACGUUCCCUACUAGAGAAGUUAUGAAACCCUCCUGAAGCUCUCGAAAUCUUAAACGCCAAAGGAUACCAGUGUCGCUACUGACCGUAACGCGCUUUAAAUUAAGGAUGACAUCGACUCACAACCGGAGCAGGAGUGAGGACGAGGAUGAUCCGGUGGACGGGAUGAUCUCCAGGACAGGCUGUGCUCAGCUGCACUACGCUCUGCAGGACUGCAUGGCUGAACAUCAGGACUGGAGGAAGUGCCAGGCCGAGGUUCAGAAGUUCAAGGAGUGCAUGACCUCCUACCAGAACACUCGCAAAGAGCAGCUUCUGAAGCAGAGGACUACUGCUACACAGUAGUCCGCGCAGAUAACCACAUCCAUUGCGUUCACUUGACUAAAGGCAUGUUGUCCAGAAUUUCUGUCAGGCACGGAAAUAUAUCUUGGAAAAUGUUCUUUUAGAAAUAUGUUAGAAAUAUGUACAUAUUUAUUUGAUCAUCAAAAUAAAGAAGCCAAAAAAUGUGUAAA